AUUUUUGUUAAUACAAACUGAACGAAUACGUCUACGCUGAUUCAUGUUCUCGUAAUUGUGUGCAUGCAUUGCGUAUAGUAACACGUGCUUUCAUAUAUCCACAUUUCUGUGUUGACUUUGUAUAACUUAAUAUCGUAAUAAUUAUUUACAAAUAAAUAAAAUUGUGCAAUUAACACUGCAGUUUGCACAUUAUUCUACAGAUAUGUAAAUUAAAGACAGUAAGGUUAAAAUGAAGAUCAAUUUUGUCUCUAACAGAAUUUCUAAAAUUGGUACAAUAAUACACAACUCCGAUUCAUUUAGGGAUGCUUCAACUACUAAAGAUAAAUUUGCGCAUUAAUUUUACAAGCCGUUCUUACAAAUCAGUUCGUUUCAAUUCCAUGAUGUCUAAGAACAUAGUUGACUAUAAUAUAAUAUCAAUGCGUCAAAAGAAGAAGAUAAAAAUGUUGACCCAUGAUAAUUCCAAUCUAACGUUACAAGUACUUGGAAGCGGAGCUAUCGGAGCCCCAUGUUCUAUAUUUGUUACGGCUGACCAUGUUAAUUAUAUGUUUAAUUGCGGAGAAGGAACACAACGAUUAGCCCAUGAAUAUCACUGUAAACUAUCUAAAUUGGAUCAUAUAUUUGUGACAAGACCUACUUGGAAAAACAUUGGAGGAAUCCCAGGUAUACUUUUGACAAUACAAGAGAUUGGUGUACCUACGAUGAAUAUUCAUUGUUCGGAGGGAAUGAAUGAUUUGUUGGACUCGCUUAAACAAUUUGUUCGUCUGUCAAGUAUGAGAAUUGUUCAUGCUCCUAUCGAUGAAUCAAAACCGUACGAAGACAAUGUAAUGACAGUCUGGUACGUUCCUAUAUCAAAGGCUGUGGGAAGCAUCAUCGAUGACCCUAUAGAAUUGAGUACUGAAAGUCAGAAUCAUUUGAAUAUAAGUGGUAAAAGAGUUAUGAACGCCGAAGAAACAGAAGAAAAUUGUAGCCAAAUAGAGAAGAAGUUAAAGAUCACGCCGAAUGUAAUAUGUUACAUUUGUGAAAUUAAACCAAAACGAGGGAAAUUGUCAAUCAACAAAUGCAUACAAUUAGGUGUAGAAGCUGGUCCACACUUACGGUUACUAAAAGAAGGAAAAGAUUUUACGAGGGAAGAUGGUACAGUUAUUUUGAGUAAAGAUGUUUGCACACCGGAUGGUCCAAAAUUCGUCUUCGCAGUUGUAGAAUGUCCUAUGGAAGAAUACUUGGAUUCUCUUGUGAAUCAUCCUGCUUUUUCAAAAUACUCAGUACCAAAUCUGGAAGAUGGUGGCAUUGUCUGUAUAUUUCAUUGCACCCCUGAAGCAGUUGUCAAUAAUGAAAAAUACCAAGAUUGGAUAAAUACGUUUCCACAGAGUACACAACAUAUUUUGCUAAAUGAUGAAAAUUAUUGUAUGGGUAGUGAAGCUGUUUAUAAGAACCAGCAUAUACUUAAUUUGUUGCAUCCUGAAAUAUUUCCAUUAUUGAAAGAAGAUUGCUUCAAAAAAGAUAAGAACACCGAGAAAAGUAAUAUCCAUCGUGGAAGGACAAUGCAAACGUUAGAUGUGCUUCCAUACUUCAAAAGAAUGAAAUGUAUCGUUUUUUCAAACCCUGAUAAAUACAUCAACGAAAUUUUUAGUACUCCCGAAUUUGAAGACGAGUUAACAAAAUUGAAAAAAAAUAUUAAAAUAAAGACAGCAGAACUUGAAUUAUUAGACACGCCUGAGUACCCACGAAUUGUUAUGUUAGGUACUGGUUCUAGUAUACCAAAUAAAGUCAGAAAUACAAGUGCUAUUCUUUUAAGAGUUGACGAAAAUACGAGCAUAUUGAUGGAUUGCGGAGAAGGUACUUUUAGUCAAAUCAUUAGACUUUAUGGGACUUCGAAUGUUGGUGACAUUUUACGUACUAUUAAGGCUGUUUAUAUUUCACAUUUGCACGCGGAUCAUCAGAUAGGUCUUGUUGGUUUACUGCAAGAAAGAGGGAAAUAUACGGACGAUAAGGUCUAUUUGAUAGCACCUGGUCUCAUUUUGCGAUGGUUAAAUUUAUAUCACAAUCAAUUUGAACCUGUUUCGCAGUUUUAUAAAUUAGUGGACAAUUGUGAUUUGUAUUUAGGCUCGCAUAAGUUGCCUCUAGUCUAUGAGGAGUCGAUAUAUAAUGCAUUGAAUAUUAAAGAAAUAAAUACCAUUCAUGUUAAACAUUGUAAAUUUUCAUACGGUGUCGCUGUUACUCUGAAAGAUGGAAGAAAAAUCGUUUACAGUGGUGAUGCCAUGCCUUGUGACAAUCUUCUAACCUUAGGUGAAGACUGUGAUCUAUUAAUUCACGAAGCAACAAUGGAAGAUGGACUACAACAUUUGGCAAGAACGAAAUCACACUCGACAACUUCCCAAGCGAUAAAUGCUGGAAAAUCAAUGAAUGCAAAGUUCAUCUUAUUGACUCAUUUUAGUCAGCGUUAUUCUAAGAUUCCUUUGCUUUCAGGAGAGGAAGUAAAUGUCGGCCUAGCUUAUGAUAAUAUGGAUAUUAAAUUAUGGCAACUGCCAUUGUUGUCUUUAUUUUAUCCGUGCAUAAAACUUAUGUUUAAGGAAUAUUACAAAAUAGCAGAUAAUCGAAGGAAGAAAAGGAUGAUGGUAGCAGUCUAAAAAUUAUU